AUGGCGAUGCCUAAUCCUUUUGGUGAUGUGGGGUUGAAUAAUUUUCGGAGUAGUAAUAUUGUGGUGAUCAACAACAAUUAUAAUCAUCACCAGUUGCAUAUCCACUUUCCAGCACAAGAAAUCAGGCCAGAUGCUGCUGCUUCUUCCACGUUUAUGAUCCGCCAUGGCAUUUUCGCCUUCACCAUCCCCACAGCCAUGUCGUUAGUCCAGAUCCGAUAUCCAAACCAAAAUCUAUUCUGCACCCACCCUUUACUCAUGGUGCUUAUGAUGUUUAGCGUCAUCGCCUAUUCCUUGGCCUUCAGCCUCGAGCUACUCCUCCUCACUGUCAGUGGUGCUCCUCAUGAUGACGAACGCCCUCGCAAUUGUUCGCUUGCGUCUGGUUCAUUCUCCCUUGCUUUACUCUUGGGGCUUCUGUUUUCUCCACCCUCCUCCUGGCCCUGGCUCUCAGUGCUUUUGUGUUUUUUGCUGGUCACGCUGCUGGCUUUUGCCCCGAAACUGGGUGAACUCCUUUCUCGGUUUGGCCGGGGACGAAACCGCCUAAGGAGGACAAGCUCACCACCGUUACCACUCAGCACCAACAUCAUAUGGACUUCUGGUAAAGAUCAACCGCAAUGA